CCAAGGCCGGCUGCGUACCCGCUACACCAUGGACCCGCUCGCUUCCAUCCGCGUCUCCAUCUGCUGGCCGCCAGAGCCGCACAGCGAGCCGGAGGACGUCCUCGUCAUCAGUGGCAGGUCUGGCUUCUACCUCGACCUGCGCAUCGACAAGGCCGCCUGCAGCCGCUCGCCCUCGCCCACGCCGCGCAAGAACCCGAGCAGAGCCGACCCGCGCAUCAGCUGGGCGACCGCAGGCCGCAAAGAGCUCUUGCCUCUCGAGCCGGGCCAAGAGCACCCACGCGCGCGCUUCACCGCCCUCCUCGACUCGCGCCGCCCCUCCUCCUCCUCCUCCCCCUCUCCCGACAACGAAGACGACUCUGCCCCCGACGAGGGCUCGUUCGAGCCCCUCUCAAAUGGCGAUGUACUCGAAAGGGGUUUUAUGCUCCGACCCGAGACGGGCCUCGUCGCCCCGUACGAGGAGGUCUGGCGCCGCCUCGCCGUCAAGCCCGACGCGCGCGUCGUCUUCCUCGAGCUCGUCGCGAGCCCGGGUGGCCGGUCCGAGCGCGCAUACGUCGGGCGCGUCGGCGAGUGGGAGCUCGGCCUGGUGGACGGCGGCGAGGGCGGGUUCGGAGCCGUGCGGCGCGAGAGGAGGCGCGACGACGGGCGGUGGGAGACGACGUUCGAGGCCGGCGCGGGCGCCGAGCUGCCGUCGCUCGCCGACUUUGACGUGCCGCGCGAUGGUACGACCGAGGUCGAGCUCGCCGGCAGGACGUGGCGGGUCAUCGAGGCGAGCUAGCGGCGGU